AUGUCAGGGCUUCUGGAAUGGAUCCUUUCAGAGUUCAGAGUUUUACAGAGUCCCACUUGCUAUCAUAUCUCUAAGAGUUUGGAGUAUAUAAAUUAUGAGGAUUUCAGGUUAAAUAGAAGAACAGCUUUGCACCUGGCCUGUGCUAAUGGAUAUUCAAAUAUUGUAUCUCUCUUGAUUGAGAAACAGUGCAAAGUAAAUGUCUGGGAUGGUGAAAACAGAUCUCCAUUGACUAAGGCAGUACAGUGUGACAAGGAGAGUUGUGUUACUAUUCUUCUAGAACAUGGCGCAGACCCAAACCUGGUGGAUUUAUAUGGCAAUACUGCUCUUCAUUAUGCUGCUUGUCAUCAAAGUGACUCAUUAGUUGCAAAAUUGCUUGAACACAAAGCUAAUCUUGAAGCUCAAAAUAAGGAUGGGUAUACUCCACUUUUACUUGCCAUUACUGAAAAUAAUGCAGAAAUGGUAGAAUUUCUUCUGAAGAGUGGGGCAGAUGUGAAUGCUUCAGAUAAGAAUCAAAGAACAGCCCUUAUGAUUGCUCUCAGUGAUGAACCAACAAGUUUAGUCAGUCUUCUUCUUCAGCAAGAGGUGAACCUAUCUUGUCAAGAUAUUUAUGGAUUCACAGCUGAGGAAUAUGCUUCUUUCAAUGGUUUUACUGUAUAUCACCAAUUAAUUGCUAAUUAUGAAAAGAAGAAUGUUAAACAGAUAUCUAACUCUACAAAUACAACUUUGGACUCUAUAUCUGAUACAGAAGAACUGGAGGAAGAUGUGUAACCUCAUUUCUACAAAUCCUUUGCUGCUGCUUGGAUCAGGAAAGUCUAUUUUGAAAGAGCAGUUAAGUGAACUAUCACAGAAUUUUUGCUGACUACUCAAUGAAGAAAAGUUUGGUAAAUAGAGAGCCAUUUUCACCUUAGAAGAUGUGAAGAAAUUUCAAAAGACAAACAUCUAUAUUGUGACCCAUCAGUUGAAAAAAAGAAAUUUGUGUUAAGCAUAUGGGCAGAGAAAAACUUCUUAGUCAAAAUAUUAAAUGAGAUAUUAGUAAAAGUAAACUUUGCAACAUACUGUCUUAAGCAGGCAUUAGAACAUUCAAAUAAAGUAAAAAUAUUAACAUUUCAGCUACAAAAUAGAGGAAAAAAUAGAAAUAAUCCUGUGUAAAUGGAAAUUCUGUUUCAUUUACAAGGACCAUCAUUGAUAAAGCCUUUUUUGAUUUUUUAGAAAUACUAUAUUAAUACGUAUCCAGGGUAUUAUAGAAAAGAAAAAAAAAUGCAUCACCCAUAGUCUCAUCACUCAAACAAAACAUUUGUCAAAUUUUGGGCAUGUUUUUGUAGUCUUUUAAAAUUUGCUUAGCUUUUUUCUUUAUCUCAGAGGAAAUUUAUAAUUUUGCAUUUUUCUUUUUAAAGACACAGUAUAUAGUUCACAGUUUUCACUGUGCUGCUUGCCAUUCCUUAAACACAUGCAGCAUGGUCUGGCUUCAGGACUAUUCCCUGGAAGACUCUUCUUUAGUUGUCUCCUGGGACAGCUUCCUCGCCUCACAUGGGACCUCAGCGCAGCCUUCUGUGGCUGCCCUGCCGUUCAUCUCUUACAGUGCUUUAUUUUCUGUCCCUUUCCUGCUUGCCUUUUGGAUUGCAAAAUCCAUGAGAGCUUGAACUUUUUGUUCAUAGUUAAAUCCCCAUCACUUAUAAAUGCCUGGAGUAAAGUAUUCAAUUUGCUGAAUACAUAAGAACUCAAGCGUGUCAGGCACUAUUCCAAGCAUUUCACGUAUCUUAACUCAUGUAGUCUUCACAUUCUUGUUGAGGUAAGUACUAUUUGUAUCCUCAUUUUAUGAUGAGGAUAUUGAGGUGCAACAAGAUUAAAUGACUUGCUCAAAGCUCCUGAGCUAGGAAGCUGAGAGCUGGGAUAUGAACCCCUGCACUCUGGAUUUGAACCUACCCAGUCUGACUCCAGAAUUUGCUGCAUUAAUCAAUAUACCAUACCAUCUCUCUCAUGAACAAAUGAAUAUGUAUCAUCCUUAUAAACUCAAUUGUUAAUGGCUCAGAGGAAAGCUUUGUGCAUUGUUUGCAAUGUAUUUAAAGCAUUCAUUCAUUUAAAUAUAUUUGUUGAACUCCCCACUAGUGCUAGGAGGUGUGGAAGAGCCAAAGUGGAGGAAAAACCUGACAAUUCCUGACAGCAACUCAACACACAUUUAAUUUUCACUAUGGUUUAGAUCAGUGGUUCUCAACUGGUGGCAACUUUUCGUCCCCCAGAGGAUAUUUAGCAAUGUCUGGAGAGAAUUUUGGUUGUCAGCACUAUGCAGGAAUACUGCUAAAUGGCCCAUAAUGCACAGGACAGUCCCCUACAAGUCCUUAUCGGGCCCCAAAUGGCAACAGUGCCCAGGCUGAGAACCUCUGAUCUCAAUUCUAUAUUAUGUACUGGGGUACAAAGAAGAAAAAGGUGUCUUAUAUCCUGUGCCCUCAAUGAUCUCACAAAUGUUUAGUCUGGCCCCCACCCCAAUCUUUGUCAACUUCCAAGUUAAUGAGGAUCAGGCCUUUAGUAUUGGGUUAGCCAAAAAUUUCAUUCGGGUUUUUCCUAAGAUGGCAUGGGAAAACCCGAACGAACUUUUUAGCCAACCCAAUAUUAGCAUGGGAGACAGAGUGAUAAACUAUUAAUACUUACAGCAGGUUAGGGUGGGUCAGAGGUGAUUCAAAAUAAAAGAGAAACCUUUUGGCUGGGCUUGCCUUCGUAAGUAAAGUUUCUCUGGGUGUUCCAAACAAAAUGUACCCAUCAUAAUAAAAGUUAAUUCAUAAUAGAGACACAAGCCAAGGACCCAAGAAUCAGAGGACGGAGAGAUCAUUUAUGGAACUUUGACCAAGGUUAACCUUGGUGGAGAAGAGAGGGUUUGAAUCAGGUCCUGAAGGCUGGAUGGAAUUUUGACAUGGGACAUCUCAAAAAAAACCAGACAGGAUAGAGAAAGAACUUUGAUAUUUUAUAAUUGAAUUUGUGUCCAUCUGGGGAAAAUGCAUACUUUAAAACAGUAUGUUGUAGGGCAGGUGUAGUAGUACAGCAAUAUUUGAUUUGAGUUUAAUUGCCAGCUCAUUGUUUUUAAUUCUCUCAAGUAUUUAAAACCUUAGAAUGCUAUUACAUUGAGAAUUCCUUUUUAGUGUGUCUGGUAAUGUCUAAAAUAGAGCACA